ACAGUCAAUUACCCACUGAUAUUCCAAUCAUAGAGAUUGUUGUCCGAAGCAAUACAAAUACUCCUCUUGCACGUAUCAGGAUGCCUUCAAAAAUCUGCAAAUCUCCUUAUUUGACUUCAUUUGGGUCAAGUGAAAAAGGAAAAGAGGUCACGGAGGAUGUAAUCCGUCCAGAUUUUCCAUUUGAAGGUUGUGAGAUUACAAAUCAAGCCCCGUCAUAUCUGAUUGAUGAGUUUAUUGAGUGGGUUACUACAGGUCUUCUCAAAACACAUGCCAAAAAGAAACCAACAGAGGAUAAGUACAGAGCAAAAGCCUCUUCAUUAGGUUUUGAAAUGAUGGAUUAUGUUGUUGCAUAUCCGUUCAAUAAAAAUUGGUUCUAUGCCAUGUCCCAACCCAAAAACUGCUGGACUGAUCAGCACAUGGAUGUUGUUUCUUACUAUCUUCGUAAAAAAUCAAAACUUCGCAACAUAAAUCAAUACAGAUACACAACAGUCAAUUGUUUGUUCAGUUCACAUAUCAACAAUACCCAUGAAAGGUAUUAUAACAAUGUGGCUGAUGAUGAUAUUAGUACCCAAGAAUACAUUGAUCGUGCUGUAGCUAUAUCUGUACAUCAGAGGUCAAUAACCAACGUCAUGAAAGGAUUUUCAAUACCAGCUGCAUUACCAUGGCAGCUUGUGGACGAUGUUUACAUUCUGGUUAAUUGUGAUGGAAAGUUCCAUUGGGUGUUAGCUGUUGUUGAAUUGAAUUGGAGGUUGAUAUGCGUGUAUAACUCUUCUAUAGGCACAAGGAAACAAGUACAUUAUGAGGAGAUAAAAAAGUUGUCAAGGAUGCUACCUUCUUACCUCCUUGACAUUGGUUUCUUUGAAAAAAAUGAGCGGACAAUCUGGCCAGAACUUGAUGCAUAUAAGGACAAACAAACUGGUACACUUUUGGAGUCACAUAUUCCUUUCAAUAUUGAAUACGUUCAAGGCAUCAUGCAACAAGAAGAGGAUAGCAUGGACUGCGGGUUAUAUGUAGCUACAUUUGCAGAGUUUUUGAGUGACCAACUUGUUAUACCACCUGAUAUUGAUGGCCAUUUAGCAAAUUAUCUUCGCAAUAGAUAUGCAACAUUAUUGUGGAGAUACGACAGCGACAAGUUCAAGGGUGGAUACAUAAGUGAGAAUGACGAUCCACCAAAGCCUAAGGGUUAA